AAGGUAGUUUUCGAUCGGCCCAGUUGUUGUGAGCGUUCGAGAGCAGCGAAACAGGCAGCAGCCGCUUUGGAUAUCUUCAACGGAAUCAAAGAGCAACUUUCAAGUUGCCCGGAACGCACCCGUGCCCUUUGCCGGACUGUAUGGGGUACCCUCUCGCUGUCCCUUAGCACAGCGCUCCAAGCGGCGACCAUCGAGGACGCCAUCGGCGGCGGAGGAUCCGGAUCCAGGGCAUUACAGGAUCCAGGAGGAGGAGGAGGCGGAGGAGGAGGAGGUGGAGGCAACUCCGUCUCCGGCUCGAGCUCGGGUCGCUUUGCCACCAUAAUGGGCGCCGUUAAGUCGCGAACCAUCACCAGCGCCGAUGUGGACGCCGAUGAGCAGCUGCAGCAUCCCCAUCCGCAUUCGCAUCACCACCACUCGAUGCGGAAUGGCAACCACCAUCAGCACAACGGUUCCAUCUCCAGCGGCACGCUGCAGAAGCAGGAUCUGCGCUACGACAUCGGAUGCAGCUCCCAGUACCAGCACGUCCGACAGCCGAGCCUGCGUAGCCGGAGCCAACAGCCCAUGCCGACAACGGACGAGCUGGACCGGCGAUUCGCCAAAGUUCUGGCUUCGAUGGACUUGCCACCGGAUAAGGCAAAGCUACUUCGUAACUAUGAUGACGAGAAGAAAUGGGACAUGAUAUGUGAUCAAGAAAUGGUGCAGGCAAAGGAUCCGCCCUCACAUUACUUGAGUAAACUGCGAACAUAUUUGGACCCAAAGGCGUCACGGAGUCAUCGGAAACGAAAAAUGGUCGGCGAGUCCACAUCCACCCAGGUGCUCCGGGAUCUGGAGAUCUCGCUGCGCACGAACCACAUCGAGUGGGUGAAGGAGUUCCUGGAUGACACGAACCAGGGUCUGGACGCCCUGGUCGACUAUCUCAGCUUCAGGCUGCAGAUGAUGCGGCACGAGCAGCGCCUCCAGGGUGCCCUGUGUGCCUCCGAGGAGCGCUUGAAUCUCACGAGCGGCGGCGAUGGCGGUGAGAUGGUGUUGGGCAACAGUAGUUCCCUAAGUCCAGGCGGUGGAGGUGGAGUCAUGUCCCACGGCAGCAGUACAGGUCAUGGUCUGGCCAACGGGACGCUGGAUUCGAGGCAGCAGCACGGAAACACGUUGUCCUAUGGAUUCCUGCGACCCACCAUUUCCGAUGCCCUCGACAGUCCCAGUUUGAAGCGGAGGUCUCGGCACAUUGCCAAAUUGAACAUGGGUGCGGCUACGGACGACAUCCAUGUGUCCAUUAUGUGCCUGCGUGCCAUUAUGAACAAUAAGUAUGGCUUUAAUAUGGUCAUUCAGCAUCGCGAGGCCAUCAACUGCAUUGCGCUGAGUCUCAUCCACAAGUCGCUGAGGACGAAGGCCCUGGUUCUGGAGCUGCUGGCGGCCAUUUGCCUGGUGAAGGGCGGACACGAGAUCAUCUUGGGUUCGUUCGACAACUUCAAGGACGUGUGUCAGGAGAAGCGGCGCUUCCAGACCCUCAUGGAGUACUUCAUGAACUUCGAGGCCUUCAACAUAGACUUCAUGGUGGCAUGCAUGCAGUUCAUGAACAUAGUGGUGCACUCGGUGGAGGACAUGAACUACAGGGUGCAUCUGCAGUACGAGUUCACGGCUCUGGGCCUGGACAAGUAUCUGGAGCGGAUUCGACUGACAGAGUCGGAGGAGCUGAAGGUACAGAUCUCCGCCUAUUUGGACAACGUCUUCGAUGUGGCCGCCCUGAUGGAAGAUUCCGAGACGAAGACCUCGGCCCUGGAGCGAGUGCAGGAGCUUGAGGAUCAGCUGGAGCGGGAAAUCGAUCGGAACUCUGAGUUCCUCUACAAGUAUGCCGAACUGGAGUCCGAGAAUCUUACGUUGAAGACGGAGCGAGAGCAGCUGGGCAUGAUACGGCAAAAGCUGGAGGAGGAACUGAAUGUCCUGCAGCGGAUGUUGCAGCACAACGAGCAGGAGCUGAAGAAGCGGGACACCCUUCUGCACACGAAGAAUAUGGAGCUGCAGACGCUCACACGCUCCCUGCCGCGCUCCGCCUCCAGUGGGGAUGGCUCUCUUGUGAACGGUGGCCUCCUGGCUGGUUCCACUUCGGGGGCAGCCUCGCUAGCCUUGCCACCACCUCCGCCUCCAAUGCCCGCCUCACCCACAAUGUCAGCUGCUCCUCCUCCGCCUCCGCCGCCAGCCCCACCGGCUCCUCCACCGCCGCCCAUGAUGCCUGGCUUCAGUCCGUUGGGCAGUCCGAACGGUAGCCUCACCUCGACGGCGCCGUCGCCACCGCAUGCCCCGCCCAUGCUUGGCUCCUUCCAGCCACCACCGCCCCCAGUAGCGGGCUUUAUGCCCGCUCCCGACGGCGCCAUGACCAUCAAGAGGAAGGUGCCCACCAAAUACAAAUUGCCCACCUUGAACUGGAUAGCACUGAAGCCAAAUCAGGUGCGUGGCACGAUCUUCAACGAGCUGGAUGACGAGAAGAUCUUCAAGCAAAUCGAUUUCAACGAGUUCGAGGAGCGAUUCAAGAUCGGCAUUGGCGGCGCCUUGCGCAACGGCAGCAGUGGAACCGAGGUCGAUGGGUCGCUGCAGUCCAGCAAACGCUUCAAGAGGCCCGACAAUGUCUCGCUACUGGAGCACACGAGGUUAAGAAACAUUGCAAUCUCCCGUCGCAAGCUGGGUAUGCCCAUUGACGAUGUCAUCGCUGCCAUCCAUAGUCUGGACCUGAAGAAACUCUCACUGGAGAACGUCGAGCUGCUGCAGAAGAUGGUGCCCACGGAUGCCGAGAUCAAGUCCUACAAGGAGUACAUCAUCGAGCGCAAGGACCAGCAGCUGCUCACCGAAGAGGACAAGUUCAUGCUGCAGUUGUCGCGAGUGGAGCGCAUUUCGUCCAAGCUGGCCAUCAUGAACUACAUGGGCAAUUUUGUCGAUAGCGUUCAUCUCAUUAGUCCGCAAGUGCAAUCGAUAGCAGGAGCUUCGACUUCCCUGAAACAAUCGCGGAAAUUCAAGGCGGUUUUGGAAAUAGUCCUAGCUUUUGGCAACUAUCUCAACAGCAAUAAGCGGGGACCAGCCUACGGCUUCAAGCUGCAAUCGCUGGACACGCUGAUCGAUACGAAAUCCACGGACAAGCGAUCAUCGCUGCUUCACUAUAUUGUGGCCACCAUUCGGGCAAAGUUCCCGGAGCUGCUGAACUUCGAGGGCGAGCUGUAUGGCACAGACAAGGCUGCGUCGGUGGCACUGGAGAAUGUGGUGGCCGAUGUCCAGGAGCUGGAAAAGGGCAUGGAUCUGGUACGCAAGGAGGCCGAGCUGCGGGUGAAGGGUGCUCAGACGCACAUUCUGCGCGACUUCCUUAACAACAGCGAGGAUAAGCUGAAGAAGAUCAAGAGCGAUCUGCGGCACGCACAGGAAGCCUUCAAGGAGUGCGUGGAGUAUUUUGGUGACUCUUCGCGGAAUGCCGAUGCGGCUGCCUUCUUCGCGCUGAUCGUACGCUUUACAAGAGCGUUUAAGCAACACGAUCAGGAGAACGAGCAACGUCUUCGACUGGAGAAGGCCGCUGCGUUGGCCGCUUCCAAAAAGGAGAGCGACCAGGUGCUUAUGCGCAACAAGGUUAACCAGAAGAAGCAGCAGUUGCCCUCAAACGGCGCGUUAUCCUUACAGGACGCAGUCAUAAACGAGCUGAAGAGCAAGGCGCACUCGGUGCGCGAAAAGAAACUACUGCAGCAGGAUGAGGUGUAUAAUGGAGCCCUGGAGGACAUCCUGCUUGGGCUGAAGAGCGAGCCUUACCGGCGGGCAGAUGCAGUGCGGCGGUCGCAGCGCCGGAGGAUCGACAAUAAUCGUCUAUCGCGCACCCUGGAGGAAAUGGAUUGCUAGACAGGAAAUCAGGAUCGACGCAACGACGACGACGGGGCAAUGGCAACGAAUCGAAAAUCAAAAUUCACACUGAAACAGAAACGGAAAGAGAACAUUACAGAUACUGCAAUAUGUGAUUGGGCGAUUAAAUUGUUUUCGACACACUCGUACACAUACACAAACUCACAUUCCCUUCCAUACAAAUCCUUUUACUUUCGAAUAUUUUCCAAUUUAACGAUAAGAACCCCACAAUCCCAAUCUCCAAACGAACUUAUAGCACCGACAACCACAAGCAAAAGAUCCCUUCUGUGAAUCUCGCCUUAAAUUUUGAGAGACAUUUUUUAUCGCCAAAAUUUUGUUUUUAAAAACGCAUUUUAAUUUGGUUGCUUAGAGCUUAAGUUGAACUUGAAAAUUCGAAUGGUGUAUUUAUCAAAUCUUUUAUUGUUAAAUAAUGAUUUAAAUUUUAACCUGUGUACAUAUAUAUACAAACAUAUAUAUUUAACUAUAUAUGUUCUAUUUAAUUUUAUUUUAUUAUACUUAAGUUUUAACCAAAUUUGGAAUAGCUUGCUGCAUCCAUCCGAGAUGGCAAAUCCGCAUGAAUAUGGAGGACCAAACUCCACACUUUAAUUAAUUGUAUCAUUUUAGUAAGUCAAAUAAGCAAUGAAUUGUAUGAGAGAUAUAAAGCAUUAAACUUUUGUAUAUUUUCCCAUUUAAAUUAUCUUUAAUGUUAUUUUUAUUUGUUUCACUCCGCACACAGCCAGCUACGAAAGUCCAAACGAAGCGCCAAAAUAUUGCAUACAAGAAGAAAUCAUUUUUAGAAUGUUUUACACUUAAAGAACUACACAUUUUAUACAAUUUUAUUAGAAUUUUUAUACAAAGGAUAUAUAAAACUAUAUUAACAGAUAUUCCAUUUAUAAGCCAAUUUAUUCUCACGAGCCACAACAAAUUGACGAAGACUGAUAUUGAGCAGUUUACUAUAAAGCAGAAAAAAAAGAAGUCACGCAAAUAUAAUUAUUAAAAAGCUUUUGUAAUCUCUUUCGGAUAGUGUCUUCUCUCGAUAUAUACGUAGAUAUAUAUUUAAAAAAUGCAAUAACGAAUUUAGUUGAACUAUAAGCACAGUUUUAUUGUAUUUACAUAUUUACAAGUGCCAUUGGCAUCCUUAUGCAUAUCCUUUCAAUAUCUUGUUCUCUUUAAUUUGCCAAAAGAAGGAAAUAGCGCAAACUAAGACGAGGGCCCAGCGUUUUAAUGCAAACAUACACGAUUAGCACGCUCUGCAUUGUUAGUUCUUAAAUAUUGUGUUAUUUAAUUUGAUAAGACGCCAGCAUGGUAUACGACAGACGAAAGAGAAGGGAAACGAUAUAUAAAAUAUAAAAUGCCGGAUUUUUUGUACACACAUUUACACGACUAUAUUGAACACUCGAACUAUUUUAAAUAAAUUAUUAUUAACCCAAUAAACUAGCCAAAACAAAA